UGCACUUAAAUCUAAUCCUAUCUUUACCUACGCUUCACGACUAAGUUCCAACUGUAAGAAAAAGAUCUCUUACAGUCCUACGAGUUGGCUUCAAAUUCUCGAAACAACCUGGCCAAUGAAAGUGAGGCAAACAGCAUCUCUGUCUCAAUGUUGCCACGCCAUAUUGACACAACCACAUUAUGGCUAACUAUCAAACAGAGCAUUGUUUAUGUCAGCCCACAGUUUUCUUAAGAACCUUCUAGUUUCUCUAUUAACUAUAUUUCCCUCGCACGCUCCUCAUUCUGGUUCUCAUCUCCAUCUCUUUGGCCGUAUAAGCUCCCCGUUCCAUUGCUUUCUCAUUUCAAUGGAUCCAAACCCCACAGACUUCCCAAUUCUCUCCCAUGUCCUAUUCCUACUCAACCCCACAUCCCAUAGUCCACCACAACUUCAAGAACCCCUGCUGACCCAGAUGCCCUAUCUCAACCACCCUAAGGUUCUAACCGCACUUGCACAAGCCAUUCCCGACAUCUGCAAGCAGAAACAAUCCAAACUCCAAAAGAACCUGCAAGAAAAUGAAACACACGCUACGGUUAAAGGUGUUGUUGACAGGGUACAGAAUGAAAACGAUCUCGGAGAAGUGGCAGAGGCAGAUAUGCAUAUAUGUAAGGCGGCGGUGAGGUUGGAGGACAUGCAUGAGGAAUAUGAGAGACAGUUGAGAGGAGUAGAGGACAGGUUGGUUAAGGUUUAUGGGUCGGUUGUGGCGGAAUUAGAGGAGCAGGAACUGAUCAGUGAGGAGGUUAUUGGGAUAUUGAAGGAGGCAGACAGUGGGGUUGUAGAGAGGGUUGAGCUUUGUGGGCGUCAGCUGAGGUUUCUUCCUGAGGCGUUUGGGAAGCUUCAUGGGCUGAUCGUGCUCAAUCUGUCCCAUAAUCUGCUAGAGGUCCUUCCAGAUUCAAUAGCACGGCUACAGAAACUGGAGGAGCUUGAUGUUUCUUCCAAUCUUUUAGUGUCCCUGCCAGAUUCUAUUGGACUUUUGCUUAACCUGAAGGUCCUCAAUAUCUCAGGAAACAAGAUAAAUAGCCUUCCUGAAACAAUUUCCCGCUGCAGCUCGCUGGUGGAGUUAGAUGCAAGCUUUAACAAUUUGAUGUGUCUGCCAACAAAUAUAGGGUACGGAGUAGCCAAUAUUGAAAGGCUCUCCAUCCAACUGAAUAAAAUCCGUUUUCUUCCAGCAUCGAUUUGUGAAAUGAGGUCUCUGAGAUAUCUAGAUGUUCAUUUCAAUGAAUUGCGUGGCCUGCCACAUGCUAUUGGGAGAUUGACAAAUCUUGAGGUCCUGAACCUCAGCGGUAAUUUCAGUGAUUUGACAGAGCUUCCUGAAACAAUCGGCGAUCUAAUGAACCUUAGGGAGCUCGACUUAAGUAACAACCAAAUCCGAGUUCUUCCUGACUCUUUUAGCGAGCUCAAGAAUUUAAGAAAACUCAACUUGGACCAGAAUCCGCUCAUAAUCCCCCCUGUGGAGAUUGUGAAUAAAGGAGUAGAAGCUGUACUUGAGUUCAUGGCGAAGAGGUUGCUGGAUAUCAGAGCAGGGGAGCAAAGGAGGAACAUGCUUGAAAUGGACAAGCAACAAGCUCAAACCGGUUGGCUAGCCUGGGGAGCCUCAUUGUUGAAUAACUUUGUUUCUGGUGUUUCACAAAGUUUUGCAGGACAUGCGGGAGACGGAAAAACAUCAAGAGACCCUUGGUUGGAUCAACAAUUGUGAUUCUAUCAGACCAUCAUCCCCUUGACCUGGCUUUCUGAGUGAAAUGACUGCAAGUGAAUAGGAGAACCCAUCACUAUCUUGGCUGUCCUACCGAAGGCUCUGGCGAAGUCAGAAUAGGAGAGCACUCAUCUUGUGGUCUGCUGAUUAUGGUGUCUUAUAUGCAAGUGAAUGAUAAUUGUGGUAGUGUGCAGUUCUAUAUUUUGGAACAAUUGAUUAAUUAUGGUGUCGUAUAUCCAGCUGAAUGCUUAUUGUGUUAAAACUUAUAGGAUUUAGGAAUUGUGUUAAAAAUAUAAAUAAUAAAAUCUUCUUUCUUCUAUCA